AUUCUGAUUGGUUAAUUCCUUCGUACAUUUUGCGUUCGCCUUUGUAUGAAUCCGUUUGACCGAAUUUGACACCAACCUUUUUGUGGUCAACAGUGUUGUAGCAGAAAGAAGGUUUCUCUUUGGUUAUGGGAUAUCAAUUACAAAAAAAUAAUUAUAAAGAUGGAUUUAUUGUAUACUGUUAAUAGGAAAAGCUCCUCCAAACUUUUUUCCAAUCAAGAAUGUUUGUACAAUGGACAGUCUUUAUGUUCCUUAUCCAGUCGAAAUAUUGUAGCGUUUACUACAAUGACGGAGUUGGAUGAUAAUAGUGGCAAAACACGGGGUUGUCAUGUUUAUGUAGCAGAUUUGAAUAUGCCAUGGCACGCUCAUAAAAUUGUGUCUAAUAAACACAACAUUACUGCACUGGAAUGGGAUUUACCUGGUGACAAAUUGGUAAUGGCAGAUACAGCUGGAAAUGUACAGUUGUGGAUGUUUAAGGAUCAUAUCUUAAAUGAUUGGGUGCUAAUAGGCUCUACGUACUUUCCCGGUGAACAUAUAUUAGGUGCUGCAUGGUUCCACAAUGGCAAAAAGACAGGAUUAGUGACAGAGAAGAAGGACAGUAUCCAUUACAGUGAGAAAUUUAAUCAUCUACUGUUUGCACCAUCAGUAAGACAGUUUGGCGGCAGAGCUGCUGAAGGUGUGCUGGUGGUAUCAACGACGGGUAUGGUUGGAGCAAUCAUGAUUACAAAAGAUUUGCAAAAUCCGAUUUGCUAUUCGACAGAGAGUCUUGGCAAUACAAGACACAGGAUAACUGCAGUCGACUUGUGUUAUGGAAAAAAUGGCCACUUCCUUGUCGCAGUUAGCAGUGGUAGCAUCUGUUUGCCAAUAAGGUGCUACAGAGUAUUAGUGCGCAAAAAUGAUGAUAAAUGCACUAUUACCUCACAAGCUUUACCAAGCUUUUUCUUGCAAGAUGGAGCACCCAAAGAUAAUUCAUGUACAAUUGUGACACAUUUGAAAUUUGUGGUCAGAGAAGACGCAGAUUCCUUGGUUAUUGCAGCAAAUAGUGAGAAUGGUGGAUUUGUAGAAGUGUGGGAAUUGCGAGAAAAAUCUCAACCGGUUCACAAAUUGUUCCAGCCAAAAAGUCUGGAAUCUUUCAAGACAGUUGUUUGGCAAUAUCAAUCACAGUAUCGCUGCCAAUCACCAGUUACAGCAAUAGCAACUACAAAAUUAUCCAUAGUGACAACAUUGCCCCCUCCCAGUUAUGUGAUAAUAGCAUUGGCGGAUUCAUCGGUGCAUUGUCUAAAUCGCCUGGAUUGUCUCAAGGAAGUAGCGUUUUCGUCUUUAAAUACAGGGUGGCGUCAAGAUGAACCUAGUAACAAGUAUUUCAAGAACUCAGUAUCUAUCGCUCAUAUGGAUCUCUCAUGGUUGGGAUGUGUGCUUCUUGCAUGCGAUACUCAUGGCAAUCUGUAUCUUUACAAAUUAUUGCCAGAUGGUACUACAGGUACAUCAAUGUCAAUGAGUUAUGCCUGCACAUUAUUGGAGUAUUGUCUUGUAACAGGAUUGGAUUGGUUAGAUAUACUUUUAUGUCUGAGAUCGUCUAUGAUCGAAGCACUGUGCGAGAGAUUGGACGUCUCCUUCAACAGGCAAUCACAAUCUACUCAACAGUAUCACUAUAUUCAAUUUUUAUGCAUUAAGACAUCAUUAUACAGAAUGCUGGGAACAGUGUCAGGACAAAAUAAGGCAGCAGACUUGUCAUCAUUAUUAAUGAUACAUUCAGUAGCUACAGCCUUCAAAUCUCUGCUAAGGCCAUCAGAUCUGAUAUCCCAUGACAAAGGUCCAGCAGAGAGUUUGACUGCGGUGAUAACAGAUGUUAUUACUGAUAACACUGACAAUGUUGAUAAGGUAUUAUUGCAUCUCGAUCCUAAAGAAUUUACAGUAGAGCCAAGCACAUUGCAAUCGUUGCAGCAACUUAUUCAAUGGGUAGCUGACUUAGCUUUGAAUUUGCUGGCUAGAUUGCCUGAGCAAAGGAUGCAAAUAAAGACUGGUGGUUAUGAACUUCUUAAAGAUCACAAGGCCUUAAAUACCGUUCGGGAACUGCUGGUCAUUAUACGUAUUUGGGGAUUGCUUCGCCCAUCAUGUCUUCCAGUAUUUCUUCGCAGUACGGAUAAUUUAGAUGUUCUGGCUUUGCUAUUUUGCUUGUUAUCAAAAUUAGUACAACCUAGUGGAGACACACAACAACAACAACAAAUAGAUGAUGGUUUAAUCGAGAAGUUGAAUGAUUCGCAGGAUCCAGAAUCUAAGAAAAAUGAUCGAGGAAAUUUUUUCAAGAAAGAUCUCCCACCUUUGACGAUACACAGACAGAUAUCUGGUGAAAAUAUCGAAGACAUCGGAAUCGUGCAUGUUGAAAAGGACGAGACGGCUCACUUGGACAUUGCUAGUAACUAUGUUGAAGAGAACCCUUUGCAAGAUUAUCUCAAGUUGGUGACAGUAUCGUCUCCGGACGAGACAAAAUCUCCAAAGACGCCGAUGUCACCAAGAGAGCUGUUCUUCAUCGAUUUGAUUCGCGAAGCUGAGAGAGCCGAGAACGCAAAAUUGCUGCAUUUCUUCUCGAAUGAAACGACUGAGAAUAAGAUGAAGAAUGUGGAAAAUAUAGAGGAGGAAAAGAAUAUAAAAGAUGUAAAGUAUACAAAGAAUAAAAAGGAUGGGUUAAAGAAAUCAAAGGACGAGUCAAAUGAAUGCUGUUUGCUACCAAAUCAAAUCAUGAUUCCACAAUUGCAUCAAGGAAAUAGUAUAACUGCUAUAGUCUCGCCAAUUAUAUUUACUCAAAAUCUUCCAUUACAGUUAGAGUAUGGGGUGGAACCUGAGCAGCUAGUUUUUAUGCCGGAAAUGAAUCCCGUUGAAGGUUGCAUGCACAGUGGACAGAUUGUGGAUACAAUACGACACUUAUAUUUAGGAAAACAACCGCUUUUAGUAAAACAAUGCACGAGAUGUGGUGGUAAAGCGCAAGUACAGAAUAUGACAAGGACAGCUGCAAUUAGAGCCUGGGACCAAAGAUGGACACGAGCUUGUCGAUGCGGUGGAAUCUGGCGAAUCCAUAAAGCUUGCUGAUGAAUAUCGUAUAAGAAUUGUUAUUCUAGAGAUGUAUAAUUUAAUUUAUAUAAGAUUAAUACACAAUUUUAUUAUAUAAUUCCUAAAUCAAAAUUGUCAGUUUGCCAAGAGAUCAUUCUUUUAUCUGAUUUAAUUUUUGUGAUUUGAGACUUCUUAAUCUCUUACCAUGAGCUAUUUUGUCUUACAAGGUCAAUGAGAGAAAUUUGUAAUUUGCUUUUUUAAAUACGAGUCAAAAUAAAGAAUGUGAAGACAAUGUAAAACUAAUUAAUCAAACGAAA